GUCGCAUUCUUCCGAGUCCCGCCAACGCCGUGCGCUGUCGCUGUUGCACCCGUCCUCGCCCCCGAAAACCAUGUUCCGCGCCGCCGUCCGUUCAGCUGGCGUCGUCGCCCGCACGGCCGCCAGGCCCAAGCCCUCCGUCGCCCUCCGUGCCCUCUCCACAACCCCCGCCCGUCUCUCCGAGGGCCCGAAGCCUGAACUCUUCGGUCCUGGCGCGAAGGCCGGUGAGGUCCCCACCGACGAGAACCAAGCCACUGGUCUCGAGCGCGCGCAGGUUCUUGCGGAGCGGGAGGGUGUCGAGCUCUUCGAUGAGAACCCGCUGGACUCGAGCAGGAUUGGCACCCUCGCUGACCCUAUCAAGGUCCUCUCGUAUGAGCACAGCCGUCUUGUCGGGUGCACCGGCAGCCCCGCAGAAUCGCAUGAGCUCCUCUGGAUGAACCUCACCCAGCAGAAGAAGAGGCGCUGCCCUGAAUGUGGCUCCGUGUACGAGCUCGACUACCAGGGUGACAGCGAAGUCGUCCUCCACGAGCUGCACUAGAACUACAGAUGCGCCAAUGGUUCCACUCUGUAACACACUAGUAAUCAAUGCAAUUGCUGUAGAGCAUGAGUUCGCUCCAUCCGCACUGUUCGUGAGUUCGCAGCAAUGGCAUCGUGCUUGCAUUGCUUCA